GGAGCCAGCUCCGCUCCAGAGAGGCCCGGGCGCGGCGGAGCGAGGAGCGCGGAGCAGCAGCAGCGGAGCGGCGGGGCCGGGGCGGCAGUAGCGGCCCAGCAGCAGCAGAGGCCCAGCAGCAGCCGCCACCGCAUGCCCGGGCGGGCGGAGGCGGCGCCGUCCAUGCGGGACGGCGGGGCUGAGGCGGCGGCAUGAGCCAGAGCGAGGUGUCGGCGGCGCCGCCGCCCAGCCAGCGCGUCUUCCAGGAGGCGGUGCGGCGGGGCAACACCAAGGAGCUGCAGUCGCUGCUGCAGAACAUGACGAACUGCGAGUUCAACGUCAACUCCUUCGGGCCCGAGGGGCAGACGGCGCUGCACCAGUCCGUCAUCGACGGCAACCUGGAGCUGGUCAAGCUCUUGGUCAAGUUCGGCGCCGACAUCCGCCUGGCCAACCGGGACGGCUGGAGCGCGCUGCACAUCGCCGCCUUCGGGGGCCACCAGGACAUCGUCCUCUACCUGAUCACCAAGGCCAAAUACUCCGCCGGCGCCCGGUGAUGCCGGGGCCACCCCCCCCCGCUCCCCCGGCCGCCAAAGCUGCUCCCACCCCCGCCCGGGGUUUAUUUGGCGAAGAUUUGGGGCCCCACGCAAAACACGCCACCGUUCGCCUGCUUUUGUUUUGUUUUGUUUUUCCUCCCAAGGGUUGUUUUCCUACUGUAACGUGUUGGUUUUUUCUUUUAUUUUUUUUUUCCAUCUACCUCGGCUGCACUCACAGUAUUCACGGUUUGAGUUUGACAUCUGGGCAGAUGCUUUAAAGGCUCCCCCAUCACCUCCCCGCUAAUAUUUAAUCCUCCCACCCCGCUCCCCUCGCUCCAUCCGAUUUAAAGUAUUCUGGCUCAGAACCGAGUUUCAUUUCAACGCUCCCCGAAGCGCCUCCCCCGCCGGACCGAGGGCCGCGUCCCGCUGUCCCGGAGCGGAGGAGCCGCCCGGGCUGGGGCUCCGGCUCCCGCCGCCCUUCCCGGCGAGGAGCACCGGGAAAACCCUCCUCCUCUUCCAUCUUCUCCCACUGUUUUCCCACCAGAUUUUUUUAUUUCGAGGCGACUCCAUUGGAAUAUGACACUUUUUUUUUGUUUGUUUUCCCACCCCGAUCGCUCCUUUUUUUGUUGUUUUCUCUUGCGCUGGGUUUUCUGCUUUGGUUCUUUUUCUUACGGGGGGGUGUCUGAAGAAAGUCCGUGUCCUCACCCGCUCCUUGAAUCCAUUUAGCACGUGUGAGAUCCCAGGAAAAGACAUUGAAUCCUUCUGGUUUUGUGUGUAAAGGGGGAUUAGUAAAUCCUGGACUUAUUAUUUUUCCUUGAAAAAUAAAGUGAAAUAAACUCUAGAGGCAGAGGAUUUGCUUUUGCACAGAAAGGGGCGCGAGCGCUCUCUGCUGCCUGGAGAGAUGCCGGAAAACUACUGAAAAGAGUUUGGGAACUUAUUUUUUCUUUUGGUGAAACUUGGAUAACACUUCUCAAUGCAGAACGAUCCAUUUAACGUGUGUAGAUUCACCCUCCUUUUAUACGAUAUAUAUAUGCCUCAAUAUAUAUAUAUUUAUAAAAGAAAGGGAGGAAGAAGAGGAAGCCACCUGAAGUCGCAUUUUGAAGUGACUGCACGUAUAAUUGCGAAUGCUGCUUUUUAUCGCUAUGGCACAAGAACAUCCAUUUGGAAAAUGCGGAAGGUUUCAGAAGUCUCCUUUCUCCCGCUGGUCUUUCAGCCCUCUGCUCCUCGUCUGCACUAAACCAUCCGUGUCACUGCCGUCUCCCCGCUCUCUUCUCUCUUGCUCCCCGCAUCCCAACCAUUACAAUUAAAAACAGAAAAGAAAGUAGUUACCUGCUGGUUUAUUUGGGUUGUGUCUUAACUAUUUAUCAUGUAUGUAUAUAUUUGUGGGUGAAGAUUGUGAGCCUGGUUUUGUUUGAAGCUGGUGGCGAGUGUUUCAAAAAUGUGGUAAAACUUGAGUCUGCCGUUAUUUCCCAUUGCACUGAAUAUUCUGCUUUGUCUCUGGUUUCACCUGCAAUUUGGUUUUGGUUUUUGCCACUUCAACGAUUUGAGAUGAUCUGAAAAAGCUCCAGCUUUAAAGAAGAAGGAAAAAGCCCUGUUGAGAACAUCUACUGUUAAUGCUGUAAUCUGCAAGGAACUGCUUGGCCGACGUCUUUCUGUGAGCAUGGAAGGGGGUGUCCAGCACUUCCACUGGUGCUUCUGUGCGAUAGUUACGGGGUGGGAACAAGAUCUUUUCUAGCGAGGUUUUUAUCGUCGUUACCAGAUGGUUGCACAUUUAUAUAUUUUCUUUGACUAAAUGGAUUUGCCACAAUGAAAUGUCAUAACAUUUAUGACAUGGUAUUAAAAAGUGUAUUGUAAAGCCAAGUUCUAGAUGGAUUUUUAAAAAGAAAUCUUGGUUAUAAACCCAGUCUAAAGGGAGCUCUGUCCAGUGUUGUAAAGACAACAUGAUGUAACCCAUAUUUAUAUUUUUAUAAAAUACCUAUUAAGACUGUGAAUCUCCUGUGUGAAUUGCUGGGUGAGUUGUUUAAGAAAAGUAUUGUUCCUUUCCAGCCUCCUGGAGCUUUAGACACGCUGAGAUUUUGGGAAACUACGUCGGGGAAGGGGGUUUGCUCUGAAAUUGUGAGUUGAUGUAUUUUUACAUCCCUUUGUAUUUUACUGAAAAGCUGCUGCCCUUCCUAGUCCCUAGAGUUUCAAUUUUCUAUGCAACCCCCACGCCCCCGUCUCUCUUGAUCCUGAGAAGUAAAAGGGAUGCAGAUUGAUUCAAAUUGAAAUGAGGGUCCCCCCGCCCCCCUUGUUGGCUCAUCGUGCUGCUGACCCUUCACGCCAAAACGGGGAGAACAAGGAGAACUAAAGAGGCAGGUGGGGGAGGCUCUUUCGUGCAUGACUGGUCCCCUUCCGGCAGUCAUAUUUUUAAUUAUUAUUAUUAUUUUUGUAAGAAGAAUAUAUUGAUAAUGUCAGUGAAAUAAGCAGACAUUGAAGCUGAUGCACAGAUUGCUCCAGAAAGGAGUUUUUCUGUAGAUUUUUCUUUAGAUGCGAAUACCUUUUUUAAUUAUGUUAAUUAAUGUUAAGAAAUUUUAGGCUUAUAUUGAAGCUGUAUGUGGGUCACUAUAUGAUCAUUUCUAACUGGAUAAAGUCUGUACAGUACAGCA